AUGUUUACUGGGAUCAAGAGCGUGUACACACUGAAGUCGUGCGUGAUAAGAACUUACAUUUUCACAAUAACGUACAAGAGUGAGGGUCAACGCAGCUAUGAACUACGUACAGACACAGAGUCCGAGUGCAAUGCGUGGAUUGAUGCAAUACGAAGAGCAAGCUACAGCAAAGUCCUGGAACAAAAAGAAGAACUGGAACAAAAACAUCUGCAUGUGAUACAGAUCCUGGAGAGUGAGCGGCAGGCCAAGUGGCACUAUGUGCAGCAGACAGAGGAGCUCGCCACUGAGGUCAAGAAGCUCAAGGCUGAGUUGCAAAAAUUUAAGAAAGAUCGAGUGUUCAAUCACACAGUUGAAGACGAAACGGAUGAAAUUAAAAAGAUUAAAAAGGUUCAGAGUUUCUUCCGAGGAUGGUUGUGCCGUAGACGAUGGAAGCAGAUCGUUGAGCUCUAUAUACGAUCUCCCCAUGCGGAGAGUAUGAGGAAACGAAACAGCAUUGUGUUCAGCAUGGUAGAGUGUGAGGAGGAGUAUAACCAGCAGUUGUCUACCCUGGUCUGCUGCUUCCUGCGACCCCUGCGUAUGGCUGCCAGCUCCAAGAAACCACCCAUUACACAUGAGGAUGUCAACUCUAUCUUCCUGAACAGUGAGACAUUGCUGUUUUUACAUCAGAUUUUCUUCAAGGGUCUUUGCGCACGACUUGAAAACUGGCCGACACUGGUGUUAGGUGAUCUGUUUGACAUGUUGCUGCCAAUGUUGUCAAUAUACCAGGAGUACGUUAGGAAUCACCACUACAGUCUCCAGGUGCUGGCAGAAUACAAGCAGAAGUCGGAGUUCAACAACCUGCUAAAGCGCUAUGAGGAGAAGCCAGCCUGUGAGACCAGAACCCUAGAAAUAUUCCUUACAUAUCCUAUGCAUCAGAUUCCUCGCUACAUCAUCACACUCCAUGAGCUGCUUGCCCACACACCACACGACCAUGUGGAGAGGAACAGCCUUGAGUAUGCAAAAAGCAAACUGGAGGAACUCUCCAAGGUGAUGCAUGAUGAAGUGAGUGAGACAGAAAAUAUAAGGAAGAAUUUGUCCAUUGAGCGAAUGAUCAUCGAGGGUUGUGACAUCCUGUUAGAUGUGAACCAGACCUUCGUAAGACAAGGACCUCUGCUGCAAGUGUAUCAGGAGAAACAAAGGGGAAAUAGGGGCCGUCUACCAUCGCUUGGGAGCUCUUCAAAAAAGGAAGAAGUGCGGCAAGUGUAUCUCUUCACCAAUCAUAUCCUUCUGACAACGCGAGCAAAGGAGAAUGGCCGUCUUCAUCUUGUAAAGAAUUUUGGGAAGAUACCUCUGUCAGAUUGCACUAUUAUUGAGGACCCCAGCUCAGAGAUUUUCUUCUUCGAAGAAGACACAACCUCACUGGACUCUGUUUCUAGCGCCGUAAGUUCCAACUCCCAGAGCACCUUGCUUCCAUUCCAGUUGGAGAAACUGGUAGAUUACAAUGGCCUUGACUUUCGUCUCAUCGUGGACUCAAAGAGCGGGCCUCAGAUCAUCGUCACUCUAGUCGCUUCCACACAUAUUGAAAAGGCAGCCUGGUGUAGUGAUGUUAGCCAGUGUAUAGAGAACCUGCAUUACAGUGAUCUGUUAAAUAGCUCCAUGAGUGAAUCAUCCUCUGUCACUAUGCCGCAGUCUGUUAGGUCAGAUCCCAAGUUGUUUCGUGAUGAUGUUGACAUCAAGUUUAGCCGCACACUAAACUCGUGCAAAGUUCCACAGAUCCGACACGGGAGUGUAGAACGGUUGUUGGAGCGGUUGACAGAUCUAAGAUUUCUAAGCAUCGAUUUUCUCAACACGUUCCUGCUCACAUACCGUGUGUUCACAACGGGUGAAAAGGUGCUUGAGGCCCUAAAGAAGGUGUAUCGCAGUCUUGAAGGAGGGGCUUCAGGGUCAGAGACUGAGGCCAGUGAAAAUAGCGACAAGGGCUUGCUCGGCACCGAGCUAAACCUUCAGCCGCAGCAGUUCACAAAAGAUCCGCCCAGCAUGGACCGCAUUGUGAAGCCUCAUGUACACAAGAUGGACCGGAUCAGACGUAUCAGCACUGGAUGCAUGAAACUGGAGAUGACUGGUGGUUCAUCAUUGACACAGGUGCCCUCAACGGCCCCGGCCGCAUCCACAGCAACUCAGUCAGCAUCUGGUGGUUCGGUGUCAGACAGCGAUCAGCCCUGCAGCUCAAGGACAACUAAACACAUUAAUUUCGCCAAAACCCGGGAGGAGUCGAUGGACAGUGACGACAGCCACACGGAGCUGGACAGCUUUCUGCAGCCCCCUAGACAGGCCCCUAUAGCCACAUGUGAGACCCUCUGUGACUCUGACUCACCCGACAUACCCGCAAUAAAAAUGGACCCUUCCCUGUCCGACGUCGUGAUUUUCAGGCAUGACUUUGGGGAGUCCUCCAGUGAUGAUUUUGACUUUAUGAACGGCAAGUAUCUUAUGCCGGACAGCUGCACGGGUCUGUUUGUCAGCCCAUCAGAGUCGCUGGGUUUGAAGACGGUCUCCAGCUCCGACACUCUUACACCUGGGCCCAGCACACCUAGACCAAGCCCUGCCUCCAGCCCCUUGGGCAGCCCACGGCGGUCCUUGCCGCAGCCCCUCAGCCCCAAGAGCGGGGAAACCAGCCCCCGACGCCCUUCAACGCCCGUCAAGAUGCCAGGGAUGUCAAGUCUUUCAGAGGCGAUUUUUGGCCCCUCACCUGGUACCCCGCCCACAAUUCGACUCAGAAAACCAACGAAGGCGUCCUCGCCAGUACGGAUUCCAUCACCAAUAAUCCAGUCUACCUCACCCAAGAAAACCAUUCGAUCACCGAGUGCGAGCCCGAAAUUGAGACGGGCUCCUUCACCCAUCAGCUAUAGUUACUCUUCGCCUAACAUUGUUGCUCCUCAGAUCAAAGUAAAACACUUCAGCUCUGAACUGGAGAUGACCCCUAAUGUGACCCCUCGCAGCAGUUUUGCGUCCCAGAUUGAUGGGUCCCCUCCCCAAGCGCGCGCUGGAGCUGUGGUCACUUCCUCACGUGCAUCCAAACGAAGAUCCAGUUCCUCAGCGGCAACAGCAGCCUUUGCCGUGGCUACUGCAGGAUCUGGCUACUCCCCAGAGCAGUCCACCAAUCGGGUGCAGAGGUUCUUAAGUGCUGGGUCAGGAGCAACAGACCCACGAAUGCUUCGUAAAAGAGAGUCUGUGAUAAGUACGGCUGCCACCAUGAGGGUGUUGAACAUCGUCAAGCACUGGGUCGCGAAACACUCACAGGAUUUUGUAUGUGACCCAGCGCUGAAGUCAUCAUUGAUAGACUUCCUAGAGGAGAUGGUGUGCAACUCAAACCUGCUACCGGCCGAGCACAAGGCCGCUGCCUCCAUCCUCCGUACUCUAACCAAGGAGGGCACAGAACCAAAAAUAGAUCUCACCAAGCUCCUGGCUCACCCAGAGACACAAUCAAAAGACACAUUUGACACCCUGUCUGCCUUGGACAUAUCAGAACAGCUUACAUUCCUUGAUCAUCAAAUCUUUACCUCAAUCAGGAGCGAGGAGCUAUUGUGCCAGGCCUGGAUGAAGCCUGACAAGGCGACAAAAGCCCCACAUGUUCUUCUAGUCAGCAAGAGAUUCAAUGAGGUGAGUCGACUCGUUGUCACAGAGAUAAUCAGUCGCACCAAUCUUCAGGAUCGUGUGGCAUGCAUUGAGAAAUGGGCCGCCAUUGCUGAUAUAUGUCGCUGUAUGCACAACUACAACGGUGUGCUGCAAAUAUGUGCAGCAUUUGUGAAUAGCUCUGUGUACAGGCUGAAGAAAACCUGGGAAAAGCUGUCUAAACAAACUAAGCAGAUGAUUGAAAGACUGCAGACUCUGGUGUCUUCGGAUGGCAGAUUUAAAAACAUGAGAGACGCCCUUCAUCGGUGCGACCCACCAUGUAUCCCAUAUCUAGGCAUGUACCUAACGGACCUCUCGUUCAUUGAAGAAGGCACUCCAGACAUGACGGAGGAUAGUCUUGUCAACUUCUCUAAGAUGAGAAUGAUUGCUCAUGUGAUUCGAGAAAUUAGGCUGUUUCAGCAGACACCGUACAGGAUAGAGCAUCACGCUCGAGUAACCAAUUAUUUGCUGGAUACCACUCGUCUGUAUGAUGAUGAGCAGACGUAUAAAGCAUCACUGGCCAUUGAACCAAAGAUGUCGAGGCUUUCCAUGGCAUCUGCAACCACAGGGCCUACUUGAUGAUAACCGAUUAGUUGUGGCAUCUGCAACCACAGGGCCUACUUGAUGAUAACCGCUUAGUUGUGGCAUCUGCAACCACAGGGCCUACUUGAUGAUAACCGAUUAGUUGCUAACAUUCUACUGGUUAAUCACUACUUGAUUGCAGUGAGUUAUUUUCAGCGGUAAUUGGUAAAAUAGAGAUCAGUCUGAAAUACCAUAUGUGCAUGUAGUUUGUGUUGCAUAGGGUUUAGGAAGGUAAAAAAGAGCUAAUGUUUUAAUCAGGAUUAAAUUAAAUUAAUCACUGAUGAAUACAGGUUCUGUAUUCGGUGUCUGUGUUUGAGACUCCGCUGAAUAUUGGGUGAGGGUAUUGAAGGUUGAGUAUUAUACUGCUGUAUCUUAUACAGAUAUCUCUGGCAGAUACAGCAGCUUAACACUAAACUCUUGAAUUUUUAUUACAAGUGCGGACAACAUUCCAGGCUGAAUGUUCACGGACAUUGUGUUAUGUUAUAAUCUUUUGUAGAAAUGUGUAUUGUGGUUAAGUGCAUCAUUAAAAAAAAUGAGUUAUCGGUAGAAGAUGUCUGUCUGGACAGGAAAUUAACAAGAUGUAAGAAAACAACCAUUUUGUUUCUGGUUAGCAGUGUUCAAUUGUUCCUGAGUUAUUACGUUUGUUUUGUACUAGCGCUUGAUCCACCUUGGUAUGUCAACGAAGCUUAACCGGAAAUUAUCACGGGAAAUUAAAAGCCAUGAUCGUGCACCUUUAAUCCCUAAAUGGACCAGUUUUUUGUAUAUACAUAUUUAAUUGUCGGGGUUUAAAGAAGUUUUUUGUUUAAAAAUACUGUAGUCAAAUCUUUUUGUGAAUGUAUUUUGUGUCUUUUACCAAAAAAGAAUCAUAACCUUUUGAUAUAUUUAUUCAAUAUUUAAAAAAACAUGGAUCAUUUGGGUUACAAAUAUAUUUCAACAAACAAUCCAUUUAUUAAUUUUAGGUAAAAUGAUUUUUGUAUGUUUAUUGCUGAAUCUUGCUGUGGCUAUGAUGCAAUGUCAUAAAACUGUAACAUAGUGUUACAACAAUGUAAUAUAAUGUAGGAUUUUUUUUCUAUUAAUCAUUUCCUUAUAUUUUGUGAUGUGAUAUGUUGUAGAGUGUAUUUAGACUUUUGAAAACUGUUGAACUAUAAUUGUUAUUAUUGCGUAUUAUUGUGGUCCAGCAACUACGAAAAUAGCUUUUUUUCUAACAAUAGUAUUUUUUCUUGAUCGUUUGUCAUUUAUGAUAACUUUAUAGACUGAUCAACAGUUUCUGAAAUGUUUGUAUAGUCGAGACAUAUGCUGUUGUUUAAUUGUUUCAAUAUGAGCUCUGCUAUGGGCAAAUGGGGCUUAAUGCUUGUGCGUAAAGUGUGUCCCAGAUUAGCCUGUGCCGUCCUCACAAGUUAUCAGAUACUUCACUUUCUUGUUCUUUAUAGAACUUGAAGAAAUCCCUUUUUAGAAAAAUCCAGUUUAGAUGGAAAGUGUGGAGCAUAGGCUUAUAAAGGACAACAAUACACAAAAUCAUUAAGCCCCAUUUUCCUAUGGCAAGGCUUAUAUAUUUGUUGAUUUCUACUCUUGUAAUAAUAAGUUAAUGACCUAUACAGAAAAUACAGCAUCGUUUCUGGAUGCAUGUUCUGUGUAUUGUUAUUUGUUGAACAUGGAGGCUUAAAUGUAUUUUAGCUUCAACUUUAACAGCAUUUACAGUUACAUGUAUAAUACUAGACCAAGACACUGUACAAAACAGUCUAAUGCCUUCAUAUUUCUUAACAAGUUUAAGCAAGGUUAAUCAAUGAAACUAUUUAGCACAUUAUAGCUAAAAUGAGAAAGGUUUAAGCUUAUUGGAGAGACUUGUAAAAAGAUUGGCCAACUUGAAAUUUAAAAAAGUAAUAUAAAAAAAGAAUGAGUACAUUAUAUUUAAACAAACACAUUAUUCUACCUGCUUAGAUGUUUGUUUUGCAAAUUAAUUUCUGAUAUGUAGAGCAGAAAACAAAUUCAUGUAAUCAAGAUAUCUACACUUUUAGAAAAACUCUAUUUAUUGGUGCAGAUUCGUUUAAACUACACAUAGGCAUAAUGUUGGUUCUGAAAUAAAUAAGAGUGACUAUGUGGGUAUCGUAAAAUGCUUUUCAUUUAUCUUCUACCUUUUUUAAACAGAGACAUUUUGGUAAAAUUAUAAGUGAACAGUAAACUAAGUUAAGAUUUAACAAUGUGAAUGUUGUGAUAUCUUUGAUUCAUUAUAUCCGCUGUUAUGAGAUAGGAAGGUGGGGCCAACUGGAAACAUGUCCACCUUUUUGUCUGUCGGUUUUUAGGUAAGUGUCUAUUGGUAAGCACAAUAUUGGCCAAACAUAUUUUUGUACACUUUUUAAAUUAUAAUGUUCAAUUAUGCAUCAAUUGUUCUUUGUUAUAAAAAGUUGUACAUGUGCAAUUUGUGUCAUCCUAAUUUAAAAUUACAAAAGAGUUUUUUAAUGCAACUUGCUUCAUAUUUUAACAUUUUAUCACCACGUUGGAAAAUUCUAGUGAUAUGCUUAUGAACAUCUCAGCAGUGUUUCACAGUAUGUCAUAAAGAAAUUGUUGAUCUGUCAAUACAGGCCAAACCUUUGUGGUCGAUUGUUUGUGUAUACAUGUAAUUGUAUAAUUGAUUCAAUGAUUGUUGCAUUUUUUCAUUGAUUGUUGCAUUUUUUUAUUUUAUCCUUUCAUCAAGCGUAAGUUUUCUUACUAUUUCCUGUUAUGUAUCAAUAGUUUUUUUAAUAUUACACAAGAUUGUAAAUGUAGUGAACACCUUAACAGUUAUAUAUAAUGUUUUGUAUAUACUUAUGAGAUAACCACUUUGCUGUUUUUUUGUUCCAUCAAUUUAAAUUAUUUAAAUAGCAUGCAUAUUGAAAGUGUGUUGGUUGAGAUCUCUUACAGUAGUCUGUUAUUGUUUAUGUCAUAAUCAUUCACAUUGUAUACUUAUGUGGACAAUGUUUUUCUUUCUUUGUAAAAAAGGUUUCAAUCUUUACAUUCAUCUACUUGUUUUAGUUUUUAUUCAAAGUGCAUUAAUACUGCCUGACUUAUAAUGAAUAAUCAGGGUAGAGGCAAGAAAUAAUAAUUACCCUGUACAAAUAAACUACUGUAAUUUCAAACAAACACAAUGCAUAAUGUAACAUGUGUUUGUAACUAUAAAUUAGUUUGAGUACAAAACUAACCACUGAUAGAGGGGACUUCGGAUUUUGCAGAAUUUGGUCACAUAAAAAGUUAUAUAUUUUAGGCACAUUAGGACCAAUUACUCUGUGCACUGGUAUAGUCCAACACUUACUCGUUAUAGUUCACCCAAGGUGUGUUUCCUCGGAAGUGAGUUUUCAAUAUAUCUUAUCACAGUACUCAAUAAUUUGUUUAACUAUUCUUAAUAACUCUAGAAAGUUCCAAUAUGUACCCUUGUAAGCCAUAAUCAUUUCUGAGUAAUGCAACUAAAACAGGUUUGGAUCAAGUUAUAAAGGACAUAUCUCUUUUGUCAGAUAAAACUCAGAAACCAAAGCUUUUUGUUAACAGUCUUUAAAUAAAAGCUCCAGGUCAUAUUUAAAGGACUAAGAUAUUUAUACCUCCACCCUGCAUGGUUGUGGUAUAUUGGACUAUGUGGGUCAGUCAGUUGGUUUGUCUGCAUACAAUUUUAUAUGCUUCCGCACUUCUCAAUCAAUUAAUUAUAAUUUUAAUUACAUAACCCUGAAGUGUAGCUGUUCAAGAUACGUUUGUCAUGCACAAUGAUCCAAACAUUUCUGAGUAAUUUGCCCUUGAACACAGCUGACAAAUAUUGCAGGGAUAUUAUUUAUGUUUUAGACAAUGCCCUAGAUUGAUUUGUACUUAGCAAAUACUUUCGAUCCUUUGCAUGAAUAUCUCUGCAUGAACUCAUUUCAGGAUAUAUUGAAGCUGAUCGUUUGUCAAAUUAAUGCACGCAUACUGGCUUAUUAUUAACCAAUACAUCAUUAUAAAUCAAGAACUGAUUGGACCUAUAAUGGGAUUAUAUAUGAGCUGCUCUCUGUGAAAAGGUGGUUUAAUGCAUGUGCCUAAAGUGUCAUCCAAGAUUAGCCUGUGCAGUCUGCACAGUCUAAUCUUGGAUGACACUUUCCGUUUUUAUGAUAUUUUUCUUUUAAAGAAAGUCUCUUUUUUGCAAAAAUCUAGUUCAAGCGCAAAGUGUUGUCCCUGAUUAGCCUGUGCAGACUGGGACGACACUUAACGCACAUGCAUUAAUCCCCUUUUCACAGAGCCUGGCACAUACCAUUGUUAAAGAGAUAUUACAAUUGAUCUUCAAAACUAUUGGACCAACAACCUUGGCCAACAAUCAAAGGCUGGGUUUGCUGGUUAUUUGUUCAUGAGGCAUAUGCACAGGCUGGGUUUGCUGGUUAUUUGUUCAUGAGGCAUAUGCACAAGCUGCUGAGGAAAGGCACCUGUUAAUGGAAUUAUGUUGGGGAAAACAUUAUACAAACCUUUUGUUAGAUUCCUGUGUGUAUGAAUGUAUUCAUUGGGAGAUGUUGUUUUAUAAAAUAGCCCUUUUUGGCAGCCAUAGAUUUUAGUAAACAGUUUAAUGGUGACAAACUUAGACAGAUAUUUGUGUUUUGCAUUGUAUAUAUUGUAUUUUCUGCUUUUACAAUCAACUUUAUUGCUGUAAUGCUAGCUUGGGAAUUGUUAAGACUAAAGCUGUUCUGUAUGGAAUAUUUAAUAUAACUUUUAGAAUGAUUUAUAUAUUUCCCAUAUUUUUGCACCAAUUUGUUAAGAAGGAAAUUAUUCAAUUGCUGUGGACAUAGGUGGCAAUAAAUAAGUUAGUUUACACAAUUAAGAUGCCAUUUUUCCACAAAGAAGAAACAUAAAUGUGUCUCGUAAAUCUGUAUAGCAUCUGUAUAAUAUAUUAUUAAUCAUGCAGACAAAACAUGUCUCUAUAUACCUAUUUGUGUAAAUGAAAUCGUUAUGUAGUGAAAAGGUUUUAAAUAACAUAAGAAUACAUUUUGUCAAUUAUAUUAUUUAUUUCUGUCUAGGACGUGUGAAGAAAGCCUUUUUUAUCAGAAGUAGAAUUUAAAGGUAGCUUUAAAACAAUUAGGUAAUGUACAUUUAUAUGUGUGUAUGUGCUUGUUAAUUUUGUACAGUUAUUCAAUUGUUCCUCUUUCAUCAUUUAUGUCAUUUGUCAACCCCCUGUACUGUUGAACAGAUAAUAAAACUUUUUAUUUCUU